UCCUGAUCUGUUAUCGACUUGUGAGGCUGUUUGUAGUUUUUAUGUCUCCUGCCAGGUUUCGCUUUUGAACCGUUUUGAACGAGGAAGUACCCAAGCGUUACUUGGAUUGUACAGCACUAUAUUAAGGAUGGCCACCGCGCCGCAGUCACUUCACAUGAGAUCGACUGAUCUCAUCAAAAAAGAGGUCCUGGACUACGGAGGAUUUGGAGAAGUUUACCUGUGCUAUCAUGUAACCCUCGGUCAGGUGGUGUUGAAGACCAUGUAUACAGGCCCUAUCCGCACUGAGGAGAAUAAAAGGUCGCUGCUGGAGGAGGGAAACAUCAUGGCAAGCCUGAACCAUGAACGAGUGGUCAAAUUGCUGGGUGUGAUCAUGGAAGAUAGAGACUGCUCACUAGUUAUGGAACUCCUCCCCAGAGGCAACCUGUCGGUCAUGCUAGAGACGGUCCCAGUGCCAAUAUCCAUCAAAGGCAGAAUCAUCUUAGAGAUUUUGGAAGGGAUGGUGUAUCUUACAGAAAGAAAUGUCAUACACAAGGACAUCAAGCCAGAAAACAUUUUAGUGGACAAGGAUUUUCACAUCAAGAUUGCAGACCUUGGCCUGGCAACCUGUCAGACAUGGAGCAAACUCACAAAGGAGGAGUCUCGCAGGAAGAGUUGUUUAGGUCGAUCAGCAGGGGUGAGAGGUGCUGGCACACUGAGCUACAUGGCCCCUGAGCACCUGGAGAGUAUACAUACACCCUCUACUGAGAAGUCUGACGUCUACAGCUUUGCAAUUGUGGUUUGGGUCAUCCUCACAAGGGAAGAGCCAUAUGCAAAUGCAAGAAGUGAAGAACAAAUCAGCCAGUGUGUCCGAAACGGCGACCGACCUGCAGAGAACCUUAUUCCAGACGACACGCCUGGAGAGAUAAUUCAGCUCAUGAAGAGGUGCUGGGAUCACAACCCGCUGCAACGGCCAACAUUUAAAGAGGGCUACGACUUCUUCUUUCCUAUUUACAUGGCAACGCUUGAACCACACGUAGAGGAAGAUUUACUUGAUCUGAGGAAAUUAUAUGAAGGCCCAGAUGACCUUGUUGAGAAGAUGAAAUCUUUAUCAAUCUCCCAGUUUUUUUUUUCGGCAGAUUGCCCAGCUCCUUUAGUGAGUUCAGACAGAAGUGUACCUGUGCCAGUUGAAGCCAGUAUUGAGGACAUGCAUGACAUCCAAUAUGAGCCACCUGUGGAGUCUAUUCAGACAGACGCCAAGGCAGCCAAGCCCCCUUCAGCUUUGGAGGAGAAACUGGGUCGGGAGCUUCAGUACCACAAACAUGGUAGCUAUAACUGUGAGCCUGACGUUGCCAACAGCUACCAUCCCAAAAACUUAAAUCCUUUCCUGCAUAACCACUUCAGCCCUGCAGAUCACGCUAUCAGGCAACAAGAACAAGACAGACCCUCUAAUGCAUCCUCUGUCCAUUCCUGGACAAAAGCUGAACCGGUGCAGCCCACCAGCCAGGAAGAGGCUUGGUAUCGCCCUACUGCUGGUCUCUAUGACUCCAUGAACUCUUCCACACCUACUCCAUCCCACUUUCCAAUGUCUUCCAGCAGCCCGUCUCUAUCACAAUUUAACCAGCAACAUCCACAUUCCCACUAUGAACGCCAGCAGUCCUGGCCAGCGUACCCAGUGUCUGAUACAUCUGCUCCUGACAUCAGUCCUGGGCGUCUCCUGACCUCUUCCAAGAACGGCUUAAAUCACGAUCCAGGAUCUCUUUACAUUCAAAAUGCCAGCGGGAUCCAGAUUGGGAACAGCAACAUGAUGAGCAUCAGAAGUUACGAUCCCUCCAACUGUUCUCUACUUUCUAACGCCUCAGCUAACUCUCCCAUCGAAGAAGCCAUUCUGAAAUAUGAGGACCAUGCUGUGACCGAGGAGCACCUUGAUCUGCUGAGCGACAACAUCGGAGGCAAAUGGAAGCGUUGCGCGCGGCGACUAGGUCUGACCAGUGUAGAAAUAGAGACCAUUGAACAUGACUGUUUCCGGGAUGGCCUUCCAGAGAUGGUGCACCAGAUGCUGGAUCGUUGGAAAAUGAAGGAGGGAAGUGUCGGCUGCACAAUCGGGAAGCUUUGUCGUGCUCUGAAAGGCAACAUAAAGGUAGACGUCAUCCAGAAAAUAUUGGACAUCUGCAGUUCUUCAUCUUAGAUCUGAUAAAUGGUCUACCUCAUUCCCUCUUAAGUGACUUUCUGCCUAUGAUGGGGGAAAAAAAUACUGUUUGCAGCAUUUAAAGGCUGCCUUUUAACCAAAACCAAAAAAGCAUAUUCAUUUUGGUUUUUAUUUGCAAUGGGUUUGAAAUAUAUUCCUUGUCGCUGCCGAAUACAAUUGAAUGUAGAAUGUUGUUUGUGUUGCUCAAAGCUUUGAAAAUUAGAUCAUUAGAUUAGAACAUCAACAGCUAAACCCAAUUGUAUCUUUCCAGAAAAUGUAUCUUUGUUACUCAUAAGAACCUCAGAGCUCACUGUCUGACUUUUUCUACCAAACAUCUUAUGAGCAGUAGAGACGAACACGGUCAGGGUUCAGGAUUUUCUAAUCUAGCUAGCGUUUCAAAAUAAUUUUUUAUUUUUUUUAUUUACCAUGAAGUAAUAAUUACCUAAAGGAUUAGUCUUCCUUAUUCAUGUGUCAGAUGAUAUAUUGUAGCUGAACUGUUACAAAAGUAAUAUUCUUAAUACAAUCAUUGUCAAGUAUGUAAGUUUUUCAGAAAUAAUUCUCUGCAUGAUUGUGGGAUGGGAAAGCCAUUGAGUUUGUGCACGGUUGCUGUGGCUUUAACUGAAUAAUGAAUACAAGAUAGGUUUCUCACCAUUUAAACAUUAGAUUGUCUGUCUUGGAGAUGUGUUCAUGUCUUGUUUCAUUACAAAAUUCAUUGUCACUUUCUGUACUGGGUCUCACAGUUGCAAUGUAGUUCUCACUACACAAUAGACUUACGUCCAACAUCACACAAAAAACAGCAUCGCCCUGUUCUCUCCCAAACCUGGAUCUAAAUUUAUUUUAAAGCCAUUUAGAUUUUUUGAAUAAACUGUGUGUACAUAUGUGUCUAAAAUUUCAAAAUAAGUGUAUUUCAUGUAUUUCAUAGAUUGCACUUCACACCUUGAGCUAAAAUUGUUUCUAGUUUAGUAUUUCAUUGGUUAUCCCCUGCAACUAGUUAUUGGAUGUCAAUAUAAUAAAAACAUAUACAGGGUUGAGAUUAGACACCACUACAUCCAGAAUAUAGCUGUUUCCCAAUUCCAGACUACAUCCUAAAUCUAAGAUAGUGUUGAGAAUGAAGUAAAAAAAAAAAAAAGACCCCAUAAGUGUUUGACUUUUGACUUUGCUCUUGAUGAAAUUUCCAAAGAAAUGGAAAGGUUCACACAGCUGGAGAGAAAACUAACAAUGUGAAUACUCCAGAAAACAUGAACCCCAUAUACCUGUACACAAUGAUAACAUUAAAUCCCCAAAUUAGACUCUUGGCAGCUCUGCAUAUACUAAGACAAUACUUUGAAAACAAUUUCUUACAUGGCAGUAUAUUGUAUAAUGUGGAUAUUUGUUCCUAGAGUUUAGACAGCUUAAAUAGCUGUGUGUUUGUCUAGAUUAUCAGCUUUUACUCCCCCCAAAUACACCUGACAGGGAGACUGAUUUUCCCUUUUGUCAUUGAAAAGACUGUUAAACCCACAUGUAUUGGUCUACAGAUGUGAUGAUAGUAUGCAUUUGCAAAUCAAACCGCCACUGCUGUUCCUUUUCACCUGGUGAGUUUAAUAAUCUCUUCACUAAACACAAGGAUAUUAAUCCUUCCAUGCCAUAAAUGAUUAUUGAUAAGGUCUUGGGAUACAAAUGUGAACAGGCUUUCUAGUUUCUUAACAGUAAUUACAUCUAUUUAUCAGAUUCAGGGAUGCUGUGAAAAUGGCACCCUGUUGAUCGAAAGAUCAAAUCUAAUUAGGUACCUUGUUAUAAUCGUGCCUUGCAACUAAGAAAUUGGUAAAACCACAGUAGUCUAAUUAAAAUAGAUGAAAAAGCAGUAGGCACAUGGGAUAAGCAGAUAUGAGGGUAACAAUUCUGUGACUGGUAGAGAAACUGAAACAAUAGUUGGAGUUGUCAAUGAUUUGUUCCUGAUGAAUUGCCUUAAUCCAAUUCCAGUCAUGUUUACUGGACACAAUGGAUUUACAUGCAACAAUUACAGACAACAUGAACUUAAUAGUCUUUCUCCACUAAAGAAUGUAUCUACUGCUGCA